AUGGCGUUCCUCAAGAAGCGUGCGGCGCUCGAGGAGGAGUAUGGCCACGGCAUAAAAAAGCUCACGCGGGCAUCGCUGUCCGAGUACUCGAGCAACGAGAACCGCGCAGGCACCUACGGGACCAGCUGGACCAACAUGCUCAAAAACCAGGACGCCGUGAGCGAGAACCAUUUCCGCUUCGCGACCAAGCUCACGGCGAUCAGUGACGAUAUUGCCAUGCUGGUGCGGGACGCGGAGCAGGCGCGCCGCCAGCACCGCGACCAGGGCUUCCGGUACGAGAAGGCGCUGCUCGAUGCGGAAGCAAAUGUCGACAAGGCGCGCGCGCGCUUUGACACGGCUGCCGAGGAGCUCGAGCGGGUCAUGCUCGUGAAGCAGGGCGACGCGGCGCGCGCCGCGGACAUGACGCUGGGCACGUUGGGCAACAAGCGCACGCUGCCUAUGCCGUUUGCCAAGGGCAGCCUGUUCAAGAACAAGAACCCCCAGCAAAUCUUGCGGCACGAGGAAGAGUUCCGCCUGAAGAAGAACAAUGCACACGAGACGCUGCGCGGCGAGUCGCAGUCGACCGAGAGUGUGCGGCAGGAAUAUUUCCAGCAGCAGCUGCCUCAGAUUCUGCGGGCGUUCAAGGAAUCCCUCGAUGAAAUUGAUACCGGCCUGCAGUUCCAGCUCAUGCGGUAUGCAUUCCUGUACGAGAGCAUCGUGCUGAGCGACGGCCUCCUGGUGAACCCGCUCGGGAGCAAGUCGAGCUUGCCGGGGCUGCGCGACGGCGUGGCGUCGAUCAAUAAUGCCGCGGACUUUAAGGACUUUAUGCAAAACUACGAACUUGCGCGUCGGGGCAAGGACAUACGCGGGCCGCACCGCCACAACCCUUACGACGAGGCGACACUCGGGCAGAUUAUGCACCAGAGCACAUUGGCCGGGCGGCCUGCCGACGAUCCUGCGCAUUCGAGGGCCGUGUUCGGUGUGGAUUUGGAGACACAGCUCCUGCGCGAUGGCGUCGAGGUCCCGCCGGUACUGGAGAUUUGUGCAGAUGCCAUUGAGCGCGUCGGGAUCCAGAACAUGGGCAUCUAUCGCCUGUCGGGUACCACGUCGCGCGUGCAGAAGCUCAAGGCCAAGUUCGACCACGACUGGUCGACGGUGGAUCUCCUGAGUGACGAGGCAAUCCAGGAUAUCAACAUUGUAGCGGGCUGUCUCAAGCUGUGGUUCCGCGAGCUGCCCGAGCCGCUGCUCACGUACCAGCUAUACCCGGCCUUUAUCGAGGCCUCGAAGAUUGAAAACGAAUACCUGCGGCAGGUCCGCCUGCACGAGCAAGUGAAUGAGCUGCCGGACGCCAACUACGCGACACUGCGCUUCCUCAUGGCGCAUCUUGACCGGAUCCGCGCCCACGAGUCGGAGAACCAGAUGACUGCACACAACCUUGCGAUUGUGUUUGGCCCGACGCUCCUGCGCUCGCCCAACGAGGCGCAAGUGGCCGGGGCGAGUGGCGGCAACCCGGCAUACCUGCAGGAAAUGACCUACCAGUGCGUCGCCAUCGAGACGAUCCUCGACAAGUACCGCGAUAUCUUUGUCGAGGCCGACGAGGAGUAG